GUACGUCUCCACGCCGCCGCGCCAACUCUCGCUGGGCAGUUGUGAUGUCAGUUGAGGUAACAGCAGCAGUCUGCAGCUGUCUGCACUGAGUUGACCCAAGAAGCGGUCAGCGGACUCAUUCAAACACUACCUAAUUGAGCCAAAGGAAUCAAAGAGGGGACUACUGUAAUUUACAGAUAUGGGGGCCCUGUUGUCCCGGUGGAAGACAAAGCCAACCACAGUUGAGCAGCUGGAGAGCAUUGACAAGGAGAUUAAAGAGCUGGAGGAGUUUAGAGCCAAAAACCAACGUCUGCAAAAGCUGUGGGUCGGUCGGUUGCUUCUCUACUCGUCAGUCCUGUACCUGCUGACCUCUCUGAUCGUGUACUGUCUCUACCUACCUGAACAAUGGUUGCAGAGACUAGCCAUGGCCCUGCCUUUCUUCAUAUACCCUGUGCUGGUGUGGUUCAUCAGGAAGUUGUUGGUCUUUCUUUUUUCCAAACGCACUGAGAGAAACAGUGAUAAACUAGAAGAUUUAAAGGCUUCCAAAAAAAAGAUUCUGGAGGAAGUGAUGGAGACAGAGACGUACAAAAAUGCCAAACUCAUCCUGGAGCGCUUUGAUCCAGAAGCCAAGAAAAAAGCUGAGCUGGAGUCGACUCCGGUGCGCCCUCAGAUGACUCCCAGACCAGGACAAGAGAUUCGACAGAGAGGGGUGGCAAUGAGACCCAUGCCGGGAACCCCGGCUGCAAUGGCAAUGACUCCUGUUGGAGCACGACUCCCAUUGGGACCCGGGGGCACACCUGUGGCUCCAGGAGGACCGCCGGAGAGAUCUGCUCUGUCUGCCUCUAUCCUCCAGGGGGCAGUGCCCAGGACCCCUUGCUCCCCUAUACCAGGUGUAGGUAUGCAUCCACCAGGUCCUCCAUUAGCAAGACCCAUUCUGCCCAAAGACAGAGGAGCUGUGGACCGAGUCAUUGAGUACCUGGUAGGAGAUGGACCACAGAACAGAUAUGCUCUGAUCUGCCAACAGUGUUUUUCUCAUAACGGGAUGGCUCUGAAAGAAGAGUUUGAAUAUUUAGCCUUCCGUUGUGCAUAUUGCUACUUCCUAAAUCCUGCCAGGAAGACACGCCCUCAGGCUCCCAGGCUUCCAGAGUUCAGCUAUGAGAGGAGGCUGAGAGCAGAAUCACGUUCCCCUGGACCAACGCCUCGUUCUGGGACAGACACAGAGGAGAGCGCGCCCCCUUCUGGAGCCAAGGCUCCGGCUCCGUGGAAUUUGGUCCACAGUUUCCAGAUGCAGCAGAAUCCAAAGAAUCCUCAGAACCGCCCUCGGCAGAGUCCAGAUGAGAAAGAGGUGGGGGAAGACGAAGGACCCACUACAGAAGUAGAGAGUGAGACCCAAUCACAGGAGCAGCAGCAGCAGCAGCAGCAGCAGCAGCAGCAGCAGCAGCAGCAGCAGCAGCAGGAGGAGGAGGAAGGUGAAGAAGUGGUUCAGGAGGAGGAAGAAAUGGAAACGGAGCAGAGUCCAGGUGCUGCCUGCGAGACAGAAUCUCAGCCAUUGUAGUUGCCGAGAGUCUAGAAGAGGACCAGUGACGUCUGAUCAUUCUGUCCAGACAAAAAGUGUUGGUAUUGGCCAUGAUAGGCAGUUGGCAUUUUAAAGCAAUAUAGGUGGACAAGGACUGUCACCAACAAUGAUCUCUUUAUUCCUUGCAACCAAAAACGUUGCCAAUCUCCCUGGUAUUUCAGUUUGCAGAUUUUAACUUACAUUUUUAAAAAACUUUUUAAACCUUAUAUUUUUUUGUUUAAAUUUGACAUUUUUCACCAUCAAAAGAUCAUCAUACUAAGACAAAGCCAUUAGAGGAGAUUAUGUAGAUGAUAUGUCUGGUAAAUGGUGUCUAUUCUUAAUUAAGAAAAUAAUGCAGUAUGAGGAUCUAAAUUUUAAUGUACUUCAUAUUUAAUUUUAAUAUUGUCCAAUGAUAUUGCCUAAAAUGAUUCCAACAUAUCAUGGCCGGAAGGUAUAGGACUAUUGAUUGUAGUUUUAAUCUUAAGGCUGUUUCAUGAUAGAGUAGUUGGCUGCUGAAGAUGCUCUAUAUGUGAGAUAUUUAUUCAGUAUUCUAUGAUUUAGGUUUUAAGUUUGAAGUAGUUGACUGCUGUAUGAUUUGUUUAUGAAAAGGGUUAAGAUUUUAGAUAGAAUGGCUGGUUCACAAAUGGUUUGUUCUUAGAUGCAUGCUUAGAUGGAACCUCCUUCACUGAGCGCGGCCGCACUGUGUGUGGUAUCGGUUGAUUUUGCUCAAUAUAAUUAUGAUGCCAAAUUAAGUAUAGUGCAUACAUACUAUUUAUUGUUUUGUUGGUUAGCGUACAAACACUUUUCAUUUAAGGUCAAUGAGAAAACAUGAAAAAGUGCCUCUUAAGACAAACCUGUUGUGAAUUGGGACCUCAUCAAUUGUGUUUACAGUACACACAAGAAUGCCAUAGAAUUUAAUGGUAAUGCUGUGGCUUUCUUCAUCUCCUGUUUUUAAAUCCCCAUCUUAGCCUAAAUAUAAAAAAAAUCUUGGAUAAGUUUGUUAUGCUCACAUUUAACACCGAUGCAUGUACACAUUUUAUCCAGCCGAAAUGUAUGAGUUUUUAAAAAUGUUUUAUUAGCUUGUCAGAGGAGCGGUAUCUGGGAUAUGAGAGGUUACUCAGAAAACUAGAGUUUGUGCAUCUGAAGCUAAUGUUGUCCUUGUUAGCUGCACUCUGAUCUAGUGGACAAGGAACAAAGGUUCUGUAGGCCGAACAAAAGUAAUAGACCAGGGCGUAUAACAGUACUUACAUCUCCAGUAAAUGGAUGACACUGACCGGAGAAAACAGCUGCUGCAAGUCAGUCUAUACACUGACUGGUGACCACUAUGCCUUUGUUUCCUCUCUGUUGGUGAGACAGUUAAGUGCAGCCUGACUUGUUGCUGCUGAACGUCUGUCAGCAGCAACUUAAUACUGCAGUUAGCCAGAACACUGAGUGCCGUAACUGAACUCGUUUUGAGGAGAGGUGUGUGUUUGUUAGUCGGCUAUUUUAAAUGUAUGACUCCUUUCAUCAGUUAGUGUUACCCUGCAGCUUGGUCUGCUCUCCCUGGGUAGAAACAACGUGCACGCAUCGUGUCUAGAGAAGUUGGACUGGAAUAAUUUCAGUUAUUAUUUUUUUUAACCAAGCUUUUUUGAAGUAUUGGAAAAGUGAGCCGGUACAAUUAAAUUUAUGUUUGAUUUUAUGAAGAUCUGUCUUUGAGAUGGGGUCUGUCAACCUAAGCUAACAUAUAAAAGAUAGCAUUAGUCUUGAUGAGCAAUGCUAACAAUGAAUAAACUGAAACUUUACACAUUUGAGGGAUGAGAAAAAAAUAACAGACUGCAGCUAAAACUGCCAAUUUAUCUCUACCUGGAUAUUGCCAACUGUAGUUCUCACUAGGAUUAUCAUUUGUCAAAUGCACUGUCGUAUUUGCGUUUCCUUACUCCCAUUUGCACUGAAUUUCUCUUCGUAUUUAUUUGGCCAUAUUGUGUUUUAAUGUGUUAUUCAGGUUUUGCUGCACAGUUUGGUUAAACAAUUAGACGCAAAAUCUGGAAAUGCCAUUGUACUGUCACUAUUUAAAAGUAUAGGCCCAGGUUGGGGACUGUAGCUGUGUAGUUGCUGCAGAUUAGCAUUUACUGAAAAAAAAAAUUGUUUGUUUUGCUUACAUUUUAAGUUGUACACUCACAGUAGGUGCCAUCCUAAUGCCUGGUUUGGUUGCUGCUGUUGUUUCCAUUAGUUUACAGUGUAAUCUGCCGUAUGUGUAGCUACUGAGGCAACAUAAAAAUCAUAGAGGUUCAUGGUUCAUUUGGCCAGCACUAGCGCCUAGUGUUAUUAAAUGGAGCCAGAAGAAAUAGUGAGUGUCUAUGCAAACGUAGAUUUAUUGUAUCACCUGUGUUACACAGGUGUGGUCCUAAAAACACACCCUGGCUAAGUGGGCAAAAUAUUCUUGAGGGGUAUAUUUGACAAUUUUGGAUUGUCACACCAAUUCUGUUGUUGACCUCCUUAAUCUAGAAUCAUUUGGCAAAAGUUGUCUGUAAAGUUAAAGAAGGCUAGCCUUCUUAAUGUGGACACGGCAGCAAAAGUGCUUUUGGACAAACCUUUGUUUGUUGAGGAGAGUAAUGUAAUGAAUUUAUUGUUGCCUGACUCCUUGGCCACAGCUUUGACAUUUUGAUUUUGUUCCUGUUUUUUGCUGCAACAUGUAGUGCAAAAUGUUGCAUCAUGUUACCUGUACCAGCGUACUGACUUGUGGUUCACUGGAUAGUAGCGGUGGUACCAAGCUUUGUAUCCCUCAUUAUACUUACUGGUGAUGAGCUGACACUCACAUAUUUAAAACAUUUUUUUAGAUCCUUAACAAGUUAUCUCACACACUGACAGUGGAAUACUUUGUGUUUGUAGUUUUGUUUUUCUCUGCUAGAUUUAUCAGUUAUGCUGCUUGUCAUUAAGUGUGCGCAUGGCACGCCUAAUAAAAGUUUUCAACAACAAA